AAUUAAACGCAGUCUUUCUUUAUUUUUGGUAUAUUUUUUUUGCUGUUGUUGUUAUUUGCCAAAAAAACAUGCAACGAAUUGAAGUGACCAGCGUCCUGAUCCUGGCAUUAAUUGCCUGCGGACAUGCCCUUGCCGUCGGUUCCCCCGAGUGCCCAGAGAAAUAUGGCGUGCAAGCUUACGCACACACCGAGAACUGUGAUCAGUUCUUUCUCUGCACCAAUGGCACACUGACUUUGGAGACUUGCGAGAAUGGUUUGCUCUUCGAUGGCAAGGGGGCGGUGCACAAUCACUGCAACUACAAUUGGGCUGUGGACUGCAAGGGACGCCAGUGGGAUCCGACACCAAUCUCGACGCCUGGCUGCGAAUAUCAGUUCGGUUUGUAUGCCGUGUCCAAGGAAUGCUCCACCACCUACAUCAAGUGCGCCCAUGGCGAACCCCACGAACAGGAUUGCGACGCUGGUUUGGCUUAUGAUGAGCGCAUCCAUGGCUGCAAUUGGCCCGACCAACUGCUCGAUCACUGCAAUCCUGAGGCUGUUGUCGGCUUCAAGUGCCCAACGAAAGUGGACCCCAACUCGGUUGCCGCACGCUUCUGGCCCUUCCCCCGCUUCCCCGUGCAGGGCGACUGCCACCGUUUAAUCACCUGUGUUGAGGGCUACCCGCGCCUCAUUAGCUGUGGCGAGGACAAGGUAUUCGAUGAGCAUACGCUUACCUGCGAGGAUCCCGAAUACGCCAGCGGUGGCUGUGCCAACUAUGGCAAAUAGUGUUGUUGACGCAAAAACACACCCACUAACAACUGUACAUAUGUAUGUAAAAGCUGUUGCUUGAGCCAUGCUCAAAGCUCACCUCAGCUCUUUCCCUCUCUCACGCUCUUUCACUCUCGACUUUUUUGUUUACGCACACACACACAUGAUGCUCUCUCUCCUUUCCGCUCGCACUAUGUCACUUACUCACUCUUUUACUUUUUUUUUUGUAUAAUGUUUGUUAAUCAUAAUUUGUAAAUGAAGUUUUUUUUUUAAUUUUGUUAUUUUCAAAAUGAGCACUAAAUGCAAUAAACUGGAAAUUUAUUUAUUGUAAUA